GAUGACACGAGUACUUUAUGUAAAGGAACUCCAUAUGGUAAAUUGCCCAUUGGCUUAAAGGAUGUUCAUGUUGACCAAGUUGACUUUCUUCUGGUGACCUUUGAAGACAAAACAAAAUCUCCUAUUAUAUGUGAAGAAAGAGUAUUUUCCAUGACUGAUCUUUGGAUAUAAUUUUAAGGGGUCUCUUUCACAAAAUGGAAACAAGCACCAUAAAAGUUGAACAAGAUGAUGAAAUACUUGGCGAUGUCAGCCAUGCACAAAUAAAAAUGGAAGAAACUGAAUUAAAACAAGAAAGUGGCGAUGAACAAGAAGAAAAAGAACAACAUUGCCCUGAUACCUCACAAACUUUAUCUACUGAAAACGAGGAAGAAUAUGGAGUUCUGUUUUCACAGUACACUACCACACUCUAUGAUGCAGCAAUGGAAGCUGUUACUCAAAGCAUGCUUACCAAUAAAAACAUAAGCAAUCGAAAAAAGUCCCCAGCUUGGAACCAUUUUUUCAUUUCUCCACGAGACAGUACCAAGGCUAUAUGCAUGUACUGUAUGAAAGAAUUUAGUCGGGGCAAAAAUGAAAAAGACCUUAGUACAAGUUGUCUCAUGAGACAUGUAAGAAGGGCACACCCUAGAGUACUUGUUUCUGAAAAUGGAAAUACUUCAGGUAUCUCAUAUUCUCCUCCUACAUUAGUACUACCUCUGCAGCCUCCCGAUGUUGUGGACACUAGUGUCACACCUACAAAAAUAAGGAAACUUGCAACAAAGAUCUCUCCAGAUAAGGUGGUGGAAGAGCCUUCAUCUGUUAUUUCUUCUGAUGAAAUUUCUUCAGACUUGUCAAUAUCUGAGAAAAAUGUUAAAGAGGAUGUUUCCGCUUCCCCCUCAGCAUUACCAAACAGCCAGUCUGAUGAAAAUGCAGAGAAUACCACAGAGAAACCGAUUUCCAAUCCCAAAAAUUCCUCUGGCUCUAGAAGAAGAUCUGCUGUCUGGAAACACUUUUAUUUGUCUCCACUGGAUAACUCAAAAGCUGUUUGCAUCCACUGCAUGAAUGAAUUUAGCAGGGGCAAGAAUGGAAAAGAUUUGGGAACUAGUUGCUUAAUAAGGCAUAUGUGGCGAGCUCAUCGUUCAAUAGUUCUGCAAGAGAAUAGUGGAGGCACAAGCUUGCCACCUCCUUAUUCUGUUCCUCCUACACUUUUGCCAUCUCUUUUACCAGCAGAUGGAGAGGUUGUUUCUGUUUCAGCAUCUCCAGGGAAAAUGGCAAAAGAUCCUGUUUCUGUACCUCCAUCUCCUGACAGGGUGUCAGAAGAUUUGCAGUACUGUACCUCUAAUGAUGACCUAAUUAUUGAUGAUGGAACACCAGUCCUGCAUUCUUCAGAAAAUGUGGCCGAAGCAUUCUGUUCUCCCAAAAAGGCAAAGGCUUGCCGUGGUUCCUCGGGAUAUGAUACACCUGUCCUCUUUCAGCAAAACAAAAAAACUAUAAAAAGGUUGAAAUCUGAAGUUUGGCUUCACUUUACCAUAUCACCAAAUGAUAGUUUGAAAGCUGUGUGUAGGUAUUGUAACUGCAUGAUUAGCAGAGGUAAGAAUGGGGAUUUCGGAACUAGCUGUUUAAUGAGACAUCUUUAUAGGCGGCAUCCAGAAAUCGUUUUAAACCAAAAAAGUUUUGACAUCAGUCUGGCUAAUUCUCCAUAUGCUACAUUAGCAUCUGCCGAAUGCUCAUCCUCAAAAAUGACAGAUUUGUCAGCUGUUGGAGUACACGAUAAUCAGGUUGUUUUUCCUUCAAAUAGUAAGAAGACCUCAAAACUGUGGAAUCAUUUUUCCAUUUGUUCUGCAGAUUCAACUAAAGUAAUAUGUAUGCACUGUGGGCGCACAAUAAGCAGAGGGAAGAAACCAACCAAUUUGGGCACCAGUUGUCUUUUGAGACACUUGCAGAGGUUUCACAGCAAUGUGUUGCAAAGCAAUGGUGUUUCAGAAACCUCGCCAUCUGCUGAUGUACAUCUGCCUGUUAAUUCUGCUUUAACAGCCUCCUCCUUUGAUGAAACCAAUGACAAAUUUAGUGACACUCAUCCUGUUGCCAAAAAAAUCACAAGUCUUGUAGCUGAAAUGAUUGCACUUGAUCUUCAACCGUACUCAUUUGUGGAUGACGUUGGUUUCAACAGACUACUUGAAUACCUUCAGCCUCAAUAUUCAUUACCAUCCCCAUCUUACUUUUCUAGGACAGCUAUACCUGAUAUGUAUGAAAAUGUGAAACACAUAAUUGUGUCCCACUUAAAAGAAGCAGAGAGUGGUGUGAUACAUUUUACAGCAGGGAUCUGGAUGAGCAGUCAGACACGGGAAUAUCUAACACUUACUGCUCACUGGGUUACCUUUGAUUCAUCUUUUAAGCCACACAACGAAGACUAUCACUGUUCAGCACUUCUGCAUGUUUCCCAGAUUGACUGUGACUAUAAUGGUGUCAGCGUUCAAAAACAUCUAGAAUACUUGUGGGAGUCCUGGAUUACCUCAUUUGGGCUUCAGAUCGGCAUCACCGUUACUGAUAAUCACAGCAUAGGGAAAACAUUAAAUGAAAAUGACCGGUCAAGUGUUGAAUGUUUUGGGCACACUAUCAAUCUUGUUGUAAAUGAGGCCAUUAAGAGUCAAAGAAUGGUUCAAAAUCUGCUUAGCAUCGCCAGAAAAAUUUGUGAACGCGUUCACAGAUCAACAAGAGCAAAGGAGAAGCUAGCAGAACUCCAGAAAGACUAUGGAUUACCACCUCAUCCACUGAUCCAAGAUGUCCCAUCAAAAUGGAAUACUUCAUUUCAUAUGUUAGAACGGUUAAUUGAACAAAAAAGGGCAAUUGAUGAAAUGUCAAUCGAAUGCAACUUCCGGGAGUUGAUAAGCUGUGACCAAUGGGAGGUCAUGCAGUCUGUCUGUCACGCAUUAAAACCGUUCGAAGCUGCCAGUAAAGAAAUGAGCAUGCACACAGCUACUUUAAGUCAGGUAAUUCCAAUGAUUCACAUACUUAACCGAAAGAUUGAAAUGUUGUUUGAAGAGACGAUGGGAAUAGACACCAUGCUAAAAUCACUUAAGGAGGCUAUGGUUUGUCGCUUGUCCUCCACGCUUCAUGAUCCAAGAUAUGUGUUUGCAACGCUUUUAGACCCUCGGUACAAAGCAUCCUUAUUUGCAGAGGAGGAAGCCGAGGAGUACAAACUAGGAUUAAUCAGGGAACUGGAAAUACUUCACUCUACCUCAGAUGAGUCUCCUGUUCUUAACGGGUGUAACAAACAUUCUCCUAACCACAAGGAGGACAAUAUUUGGUCGCUCAUGGCCAACAUUAAAAAGUCCAAGAACUUAAAAGAGAAAUUACCUGAAGAUAUUGUGUUGGCCUACUUGGAAGAAGAGGUCCUGGAGCAUAACUGUGAUCCGCUCACUUACUGGAAUUUAAAGAAAGCCUCAUGGCCAGUUUUGUCGAAGCUGGCAGUCCGAUUUCUUGGCUGUCCACCCAGCAUUGUUCCUUCAGAGAAGCUUUUUAACACCUCAAAUGACAGUGGGAGUUUUAACCAAACUAGACUAAUGAUGGAACAUUUUGAGCAACUAAUCUUUUUAAAAGUAAACCUCCCUUUAAUUUACUUUCAGUAUUGAAAUGAUUAGAAUUGUCAGGUGAAUAUUCUUGUUCCUUACCGAAUUUAACUGUAUUUUGUACAUUUUUGUUAACUUGCUCCUCUUGGGGGCCAUGUAUGACACUGAAUAAGUGACUAGUUUUUUGCGUUACAAUGUUUCGCUUUAAAUAUUGUCUACAUGUGCCUUACUUGGUUUUUCAGGCAAGCAGAUCUUGUACGUUUUUAAAACCUUAGAAAUUAAGACUUGCUUUUAAAAUUCUGUUUUAGUUGUCAUAUUUGUAAAUAUGUAUGUAAAAUGAUUUUUUUUUUUUUGUUAUAGGAUGGGGAAAAAAGAUGUAAACAGUUUUAUUCUGUAGUUUUACGUAAAUUUUUAUGUACAAAAUGGAAAGGUACUGUAUUUUAGUCAUUGCUUUUGAUAGUGGUUUUUGUACUUCUGUGUUUUAAAAUUUCAGGUUAUGAAUUCAUCAUAGGUGCUUGUUUAAUGUAGUCUUUAGUAACAAUAAUAUUUUUGUUGCCUCAAAGUCUUUCUAAAAUUAAAACUGGGUUCACUUCUGAUUUUCCCAGUUGCUUGGACUACAUUACAUCAGCCCUAUUGGUUUGUAUUUGAAAUGGAAAAAUGUUUACGGCUUUCUGUCAGUAUAGUCUUUAGUGCAUUCAUUUUGUCUAAAAACAGUCAACCAGCUAGAAUGUGGAACAACAAAACAAUGUGUACAACUGCCUGCAUUCAAAAAAGACUUCCAGUACUGUUCUACUGUGGACCUUAUGUUGGUAAUGUCUUAUUUAAUAUUAAUUGUGUAUUAGUUUGUUGUAAAAUACUUCAGAAGCUGUGCCACUGAAUAAAAUACAAAUUCAGUCCUGAAAAUGCAUAUAAAAAAAAAAUACCCCAAGAGACACUCCUUGUAAGUAUUUUACUAUAGUUUUGUUCACAGCAUUGAGGAAAUGCUAACUUGAAAAACAUGUACAUAGAUGUAGCAGAUUGCUGAUUUUUUUUUUUUUUUUUUUUUUUUUACACAGACUUGUAAACCCCGAAAUCUGAGCAAAUAUUUCAUGUGCUGCUUUCACAAACAUCAGGAAAUUGCCAUAAAUGACCUAACAUUUCCUUUUUGUUGCUGUAUUAUAUUUUGUUAUUUUAAUUGUAUUUUUAGGAAAACUGUACUAAAGUCUGAUCUUUUUUUUAAACUGUGUAUUUAUAAACGGUCAUCCAAUGUUUCAGAAUUAAAUCAUAUACAGCA